AUGUUAGAGAAAGAAGCUCAAGAUAGGUGGGGUAAUACUGCUCAUAGGUUUGAUGAGGAAGGUAUUCAGAUUACUUGGGAUCUUUUCUGUGAUGCAUUUCUGGAAAACUAUUUUCCGGAAGAUUGUCGUGGAAAGAAGGAAGUGGAGUUUCUUGAAUUGAAGCAAGGAAAUGGAACGGUGGCGGAGUAUUCUGCAAAGUUUCAAGAGUUGAUCAUGUAUUGUCCUCACUACAAUACUAUGAAUGCGGAACGAUCUGAGUGCUUGAAGUUUGUGAAUGGUUUGAGGCAUGAUAUCAAGAAGGCGAUUGGGUAUCAACAGAUUACUCGAUUUACGGAGUUGGUUAACAAGAGUCGUAUUUAUGAUAAGGAUAGUAGGGAGAGUGCUUCUCACUACAAGGCUAUGAAUGAGAAGAAGGGUCAAUAUCAUGGGAAACCGUAUGAUAAUAAGAAGAAAGCUGGUUUUGGCGGAAAGCCAAGUUGA